AUGACGGGGACCAAGAGGAUCCAUACGACUCCUUACCACCCGCAGAGCAAUGGCUUAGUCGAGCGCCUACACCGGACUCUAAAGGCUGCGCUCAUGUGCGACGGUUCUGCCCCAUGGCCUGAUCGUCUGCCCCUGAUCCUGCUCGGCCUCCGCACCUGCUACAAGGAGGACCUUGAAGCCUCGCCAGCAGAGCUUCUCUUUGGCACCACGCUUCGCAUUCCAGGAGAGUUUUUCGUAGAGCAGAGCAUUUCGGCAAAUCUGCCAGCAUUCGUCGCUAGGCUCAGAGCCGUCAUGAACCUCAAGGCUUGCUCUCACGUCUUCCAAAGGAUUGACUCGGUGCGCAAACCUCUGCAGCCGCCGUACUUUGGCCCCCACGAAGUCGUCCGUCGCUUAGAUGACAAAGUCUACGUCAUAAAGGUAAACGGCCAAGAGAAGACGGUAUCCACUGACGCGCUGAAACCAGCCUAUCUCGACGAAGAGAACUUGGAGCCGCAACAACUAUUGCCGCUGUCUCACCCGCUACCGCCUCAACGUUUAUCGUCGCAAGCUCCGACUCAACUGCUACCUCCGCAAGCUCUCUCGCAUCAACGGCCUUUCGAACCCGAGCAUUAA